UCUCCCUCGCUCCUCCUCCACGUACACAUCACGCCGGCCGGCCAGUUAGGCCGAGCAGGAUGAAUCUCCCGGUGAUCGCCUGUGUCCUCCUCCUACUUCUCGAUCUCAAUGUUUCUCCCGUGGAGCCGUCCCGGCCGCAGGGGCUCGCGAAGGGGCGCCACACGCCCGGAAAGGGGAACCACCACGGCCAUAGCGGGCACAGCGGCGACGACGGGCACCAACACGACCACUCCGACGACUACAACGGGUACAGCUUCUACGUCUUCGGCGACUCCUUUGCCGACAACGGCAACCUCGUCAAGAUGAACCCAAGAUCCGAGCUCAAUCGCCAGUGGCGCUAUCCCUAUGGCUUAUCCGGCCGCUUCUCCAACAGCUUGGUUCAGUCCGACCUCAUCGCCUACAUGCUAGGGCAGAAAAAGUCCCCUCCGGCGCACAGGCUCACGCGCAAGGUCGGCAAGGCUGGAUUGAACUUCGCCGCCGGCGGCUCCGGCGUGUUUGACGCACCGGACACCCAGACGCUCGCCAGGCAGAUCCACACCUUCCACAAGCUCGUCAAGGACGGAGACAUCGACCAGGACCGCCUCGCGUCCAAAUCCGUCGCGCUCGUCGCCGUCUCCGGCAACGACUACGCCCGCCUUCCCGCCGACACCAAGAGCUUCGCCGAGGUGGAUGAUUUCGCCAGGAAGGUGGUGGAGGAGAUCGCGUUUAACGUGCGGCGCCUGCAAGACAUCGGCGUGGAGAAGGUGCUCGUCAACAACCUCCACCCUUUCGGAUGCUCGCCGUCGGAGACCAGGGCGUACAACCACACGCGCUGCAAUGAGCGGCGCAACCUGGCCGCCACGCUCCACAACCACCACCUCGCCGACGAGCUGGCCGGCAUGGACGACGUGCUGCUGCUCGACCUCAACGCCGCCUUCAGCAACGUCGUCCGGCACUACAACGAUGACGGGGACGGCGACAUCAUUCCCAAUCUCUUCAGGGAGAAGCUGGCGCCGUGCUGCGAGAGCACCGACCCCAAGGGCUACUGCGGGCAGGUCGACACGGAGAAGUUGGAACCCCUCUACAAGGUGUGCGACAACCCCAACUAUUUCUUCUUUUGGGACGAGAUGAACCCCACCAUGGUCGGGUGGCAGGCCGUCAUGGGCCCGCUCGAUCACCCCAUCAGGAAGUUCUUAGGGCUCAUUAGGUAGACGAUGAUGCAUCCACGUACAUGUGCAUGUAAACCCAGUGCUCCCCCUUGAACUACUCCCUCCGUCCGAAAAAACUUGUCCCAAGUUUGUCUCUCAAAUGAAUGUAUCGAGCACUUUUUUCGGACGGAGGGAGUACAACAUAUCUUAGCGCUGCUAGGCAAAAAUCUGAUAUCGAACCUGUUUAAUGAGAAGGAGAGACAGAGAGCUAUCAUAUCC